UCUAGGUUCAGUUUGUCAGUCAUCUCUGAGAUAUAAAUACAGCUGAGAGACGUCAGAUUUCAGAUCGUUUCUGCAGAACUCUGAUAAUGAAGCUGCUGUCUGUCUUCAUCCUGGUUCCUCUGGUGACCAGCUGUUCGGAUCUGGUCCUCCCUCUGGACUGCAGAGACCUGUAUGUUCAGGACAGCAGCCGGCCCAGUGGAGUUUACACCAUCUACCCCAUCGGAGCCACGUCAGCUGUCCAGGUGUUCUGUGACAUGGACUCACUACAAGGGCAGUGGACCGUGUUCCAGAGGAGGAUKGACGGCUCGGUGAACUUCUACAGAUCCUGGGAUCGGUACAAGAUGGGCUUUGGAAAUGCUGCUGGAGAGUACUGGCUCGGUCUGGAGAACCUGUUCCACCUGACUCAGAGGAAAAAGUAYGAGCUGCUGGUGGACAUGGAGGACUUCGAAGGAAACAAGUCGUACGCUCGGUACUCCUCGUUCUCCGUCGGACCAGAAUCUGACGGCUACAGACUGCACCUGACUGGGUUCAUCAACGGAGGGGCAGGAGACUCUAUGAGUCACAUCAGUGGAGAAAAGUUCUCUACGUUCGACAAAGACCAGGACACCUGGGAGAAGAACUGCGCUCAGUCGUUCAUCGGGGCCUUCUGGUACUCCAACUGCCACUCUUCAAACCCUAACGGACUUUACCGCUGGGGGGCCGACGGGUCUCUGAACGCUGUUGGAGUGGAGUGGAUCAGCUGGAAGGGACGGGACUACUCCCUGAAGGCCAUCAGCAUGAAGAUCCGCCCCGUGGAGUAAACCUGCAGAACCACGGUCCAGAACUUCAUCCACACGUGGAGCAAACUGUACCUGGGAUUAAAACUGGACUCUACUCUGAGUUCUUCCUGAAAACUCAACUUACGACUAAAGCUAUAUUAUCAUUUGUUCAGAUAAAAUGUUUUUAUUUCAGUUAUGUUCAAUAUUUUACUGUUUUAUGAUUGGACGGAGAUGACUUGUUACAUUUUGGGGCAGAAUGGAAGUCAGAAUCUGUCCAUGGGCCUAGAACAAAGUCUGUUUGUAAAUCUUUUAUCUAAUAAGUGUAAGAAAAAACACUUCCUGUUCCUCUGCUGGCGGGAGUCCAGCUCCAGUUUCUUGUUUUAGAGAUGUCCGAAGGUUCAAAUCAGCUGAAAGUUUCUCCACAUUUAGUUUUUCCUUUAAAWGUCUGUUUAUUUGUAGUCUGGUUGUGCAGAAACACUGAAGUUUGCUGUAUGUAAAAUACCCUGUCAUGUUCUAUUAAAKUCAAAUAACCUSAUGUAAAAAACAUGAUGUUAAUAAAUAAUCUGACAAUAAACGAGAUGAGAUGAUCA